GGCUUCUACUUUUGCCCUUUCGACAACUGUCCGAGUGUCUACCAUACGCUGCCCGGAAUCUCAGUACGCGCUUAAUCCCCAUUCUCCCUAUUUGGUGUUCGGGACUGCGCCCACCUGUGCAUCAUGACCAAGCCCAAAGGCUAAUGAAACGUUGUUUUCUUCUUCUCUUCUUUUUGCGCUGCCAGGAACACCUUUUCCACGCUGAUAUACACUACGCGUACCUCCAGGCCCUCAAAGAAUGGGUUUCCGCGCGCAAGGACUUGAACUGGGCCGACCGAACUAUCUGCUCGCGCCUUACUCGAAUUUUCAACAACGUCGACAGCUCGGGAAAGAUCACAAUCAUGUCUCAGUCGCUUACCCCUGACCAGGUCCUCACUCCAGCCGAGCCCUCGCAACAUUGGAGGUGGAUGGAGCGUCUCGAUCGCCAGCCGAAGCCGAGAAAGGACAGGAAAUCAAAGGCCUCUGCUGCCGCGUCGGCUCGGGGUCGUUCAGGGCGCGGAGCCGGAGCACCAUCGUCGACCGCACAUGAUGUGUACGGGGGAUACCGGCGACAACACCAAGGCCCGUUUCAGGGCCAUCACCAUCGCCACCACCAUCAGCCUCAGUACCAACAAAAGCAGUACCAGCCCCAAUUCCAGCAAUAUCAGGGGUCGUCCCACCUACAGUAUGAGCAGCAGCGGCAGCCGCCGCACCUGCACCGACCUUCUCAGAACUCUCACCAACAGUACCCGCUUCAAGCGCAGCAGCUUCCGCAACAACAACAACCGCAGCAACAACAACCGCAUCCGUACUACCACCAUCCAUAACCAGCAGUCCCAACCCCCAUCACCACAUAGCUAAAGCAACAAAGCUACUCGCAUACAAAAGUGGAUAAGAAACAAACAUACACCUAUCCA